AUGGCGGUCAUGCACGACACUCACAGUCACGCCCGCGAAGCCGACAUCCCCGGCACCGUCAACCUCCGCCCUCUCGACGGCGAAGAGACCUACUACGGGCAAUCCCUCUUUCCCGUUCCAUCUUCCGACCCCAACGACCCUUUACAAUGGCCCUCCUGGAAGAAACACAUGAUUCUCUUUUGCUGCUCCGCCUUUUCCUUCCUCGGCAACUCGGCUCUGAUCGGUCCCUCAACUUACAUCGGUCUCUUCUCUACGCAGUUCUCUAUCUCACCCAACACCGCUGCGGGACUGGUGAAUUACCCCAACCUUGCAUUCGGGUUUAGUAAUGUCCUCUUCAUCCCUACAUAUCAGCACAUUGGACGACGGCCGGUCAUGUUAGUAGCGCUGGUGCUGUACGUCGUCGGGCUAGCCUGGGCAGCAAAGGCAAACGGCUUCAGCAGCUUAAUGGGUGCCAGGGUAGUGCAUGCUUUUGGGUCGGGCGUGUGUGAGGCGUUGCCGGUACAGCUGGUUAAUGACAUUUUCUUUUUGCAUGAGAGAGGGAAGAAGUUGGGGUGGUAUACGAUUGCCUUGUGCGUGGGGGCUACUGGUCCGUUGUUUUCGGGCUUGAUGCUCGGGGCGGGGCUCUCGUGGAAUCUGUUCUUCUGGGUAGAGUUUGCGUUUGGGAUGGCCUUGUUGGUUCUUUGCUUCUUGUUUGUCGAAGAGACUAGAUACGAGCGGAGAACGCUGCCCUCAUCGCCUUCGACAUCUUCAACCUCCCGCGGUGGUCAUGACGACAAAAAGGACAACGCAAAAGCAGAAGCCAACACCACCACCACCGCCGCCGCCACUGUCCAUCACAUCGAAGCCGACUCACCCAGUCACUCCGCCAUCAUCCCCCCACGCAAGCCCUUCCUCCAACAACUCCGCCUUUGGACUCCCGCCGCCGCUCCUCACAACGAACAACCAAUCCACACCAUGCUCCUCCGCUCCGUAACCCACCUCCUCGUCCCCUCCACCUUCUGGGUCAUCACCACCUACGGCAUCUACAUCGGCCUAGCCGGCUUCGCUUUCGCCUUCAUCUUCCCUCUCAAAAUCGUCGCCCCUCCUUACUCCUGGCCUUCCACCUCAUCAGGCUUCCACUCCUUCGCCACCUUUUUAGGGUUCGGUCUCGCCAUCCCCUGCGUCUCUUUAUCCGACCGGCUAGCAGCCUACCUAACCAAACGCAACAACGGCAUCCGCGAAGCCGAAAUGCGUUUGCCCAUCUUACUCCCCGCCAUGCUCAUCGCGCCCGCAGGACAGGUCGUCUUUGGCCUGGCGGCCGAAAAGAAUCUGCAUUGGAUCGCAUACAUGGCGGGCGUGGCCAUGACGCAGUUUGGGGGGUACUUUUACUUUACGGUGACGCUGGCAUACGCGGUGGAUUCUUACACGGCGAACCUGUCCGAGAUGCUAAUUAUCAUGAACGUCGGGAAGCAGGCGAUUAGCUUUGGUAUGGGGCUGAAUGUGCUGGAUUGGAUUUUGGAGAGCGGAUAUGGGAGGGUGAUUGCGGGGGUCUUUGGCGGCUUGUUGUUGGCGAACAAUGUGGUGGUUUUGGUGUUUAUGGCUUGGGGAAGGAGGAUCAGAAGGACAGUUAGUCGGACUUGGAUGGCGAGGGUGCAUGCUAGGACGGUGGUUGAGGGGGAGGGACACUAG